CUUUUAAUCCUGGAAAAAAAAAUUUCUUUCUUCCUGCCUAGGAUUAUUUUAAAGGCGGCUAGAAGUUGCUUGCUCACAAAAAAAAUCAGAAAAUAUAAAAAACAGUCUCAACUUUCAGUACUGUCAAGUGGAAUAACUGAAUACAAUUUGAACAACUACAAACUUGCAAAGUUCAGUAUAAAUCAAUGAAGUAAUAGUUAAGAUUAUUCAAUUCAGACUGAUAAGAGAAAUUUCUUUAAUUCUGUGAAAAUCCCGAAAAAUAUGAAUCAUAAGUUAGUGUAGAAAAAAAGAGAGUAGUUUUGAAGACACUUAGUACAAGUUAACUGAAAGAACUUCAAAGACAUUUUUGAGCUAAUUAUUAU